AUAAAUAUCAUUGAAAUGAAUAUUAAAAAAUAAUGAAAAAUGAAUGAAGUUGGUGUUUGUGUAGAGAAAGAAAAGUGAAGGAAAAGGUAUUCCCUACUUGACGCCAUUGUUCUCUCACUCUCUCAAGGUUGCGGCCUUGUGUUGUGUUGUGUUGUGUUGUGUUGUGUGGUGUGACUCAGAAGACAAGAGAACAGAGAAAGGAAUCUUUGGUGUCUGUCAAUCUCAUCUACCAACUCUUACUCCACCUUUCACUUUCUAGGAUUGUGAUAAUCAAUCUAAAGCUUGGUCAUCAACGAAAUGGUUUCAAGGUCAUAUUCUAAUUUGUUAGAGCUUACUUCGUGUGACUCGCCGACUUUCAGCCGCGAAAAGAAAAGGCUUCCUCGAGUGGCAACUGUUGCCGGAGUGCUGUCUGAGCUAGACGACGAGGCAAGCAACAGUGCUGGUUCGGACGCUCCAUCCUCAAUCUCUCAAGAUAGGAUGAUCAUUGUAGGUAACCAGCUUCCAUUAAAGGCACAAAGAAAAGACGAUGGUACGUGGGACUUCACAUGGGACGAGGACUCUCUUCUUUUGCAGCUCAAAGAUGGUCUUGGUGAAGAUGUAGAAACUAUUUAUAUUGGUUGUCUGAAGGAAGAAAUCGAGCCGAGCGAGCAAGAUGAUGUUGCUCAGAACUUGCUUGACACAUUCAAAUGUGUUCCCACUUUCCUCCCUCCAGAGCUUUUUACCAAAUUCUAUCACGGAUUUUGCAAACAGCAUCUGUGGCCUUUGUUUCACUACAUGCUUCCGCUCUCGCCUGAUCUCGGUGGUCGAUUUGAUAGGUCCCUUUGGCAAGCUUAUGUUUCUGUUAACAAGAUAUUUGCUGAUAAAGUAAUGGAAGUCAUUAGCCCUGAUGAUGAUUUUGUAUGGGUUCAUGAUUACCAUCUCAUGGUUCUUCCAACAUUUCUGAGAAAGAGGUUCAAUAGGGCAAGGCUAGGAUUCUUCCUUCACAGUCCAUUCCCUUCUUCCGAGAUAUACCGAACCCUCCCAGUUAGGGAUGAGCUUCUUAGAGCUCUUUUGAAUUCUGACCUUAUUGGAUUUCAUACUUUCGAUUAUGCGAGGCAUUUCCUUUCUUGCUGCAGUAGAAUGCUUGGCCUUUCCUAUCAAUCCAAGCGGGGCUACAUUGGUCUCGAGUACUAUGGAAGAACAGUAAGCAUUAAGAUUCUUCCUGUUGGGAUUCACAUAGGGCAGCUUCAGUCAGUCAUGAAUCUUCCUGAGACGGAAAACAAGGUUGAAGAGUUACAAAACAAGUUCAGAGGUCAAACUGUGAUGCUUGGGGUUGACGACAUGGAUAUCUUUAAAGGAAUCAGCUUAAAACUCUUGGCUAUGGAACAGUUGCUUUUACAACAUCCUGACAAGAGGGGCAGGGUUGUCUUGGUCCAAAUUGCAAACCCUGCAAGAGGCCGUGGGAAAGAUGUACAGGAGGUCCAGAGUGAAACUUAUGCCACAGUGAAAAGGAUCAAUAGUACAUUUGGAAGGCCUGGAUACACACCUGUAAUAUUGAUCGAUACGCCACUUCAGUUUUAUGAGAGGAUAGCUUAUUAUGUGAUAGCUGAAUGUUGCCUUGUUACCGCAGUGAGAGAUGGUAUGAACCUUAUACCCUAUGAAUACAUCAUUUGUAGACAAGGAAGUGACAAGAUAGAUAAGAUUCUAGGGACAAGCUCAUUUACCCAAAAGAAGAGCAUGCUGGUGGUGUCUGAGUUCAUUGGCUGCUCCCCAUCAUUAAGUGGGGCAAUUAGAGUGAAUCCCUGGAAUAUUGAUGCUGUUGCUGAAGCAAUGGAUUCGGCACUUAUCGUCCCAGAGUCCGAAAAACAGAUGCGCCACGAGAAGCAUUAUAGGUAUGUCAGUACUCAUGAUGUUGCAUAUUGGGCGCGGAGCUUCUUGCAGGAUCUGGAAAGGGCAUGUAGGGAUCAUCUGAGAAGGAGAUGCUGGGGAAUUGGCUUUGGUUUAGGAUUUCGGGUUAUUGCUUUGGAUCCAAACUUUAGAAAGCUAUCAGUGGAACAUAUUGUAUCAGCUUAUAAGAGGACCAAACACCGAGCCAUUCUUUUGGAUUAUGAUGGUACCAUGAUGCAGCCCGGUUCAAUUAGUACAACACCUAGCACUGAGGCUGUUGCCAUCUUGAACAGCUUGUGCAAGGACACCAAGAAUUGUGUUUUCAUUGUAAGUGGAAAGGAGAGAAAAACUCUUACUGACUGGUUUUCCUCUUGUGAAAGGCUUGGAGUUGCAGCAGAGCAUGGUUAUUUCGUGAGGACAAAUCAUAAUGCAGACUGGGAAGAAUGUGUUUCUGUGCCGGAUUUCGACUGGAAGCAGAUUGCCGAGCCAGUAAUGCAGUUGUACACGGAAACAACUGAUGGUUCUAACAUAGAGACCAAAGAAACUGCUCUUGUUUGGAAUUAUGAGUUUGCAGACCGAGAUUUCGGUUCAUGCCAGGCUAAGGAGCUUCUGGAUCAUCUGGAAAGUGUUCUUGCCAAUGAGCCUGUUUCUGUUAAAAGUAGUCCUCACAUCGUGGAAGUCAAACCUCAGGGAGUGAGCAAGGGUAUUGUUGCAGAACGCCUUCUCUUAACAAUGCAACAAAUGGGAGUGAUCCCAGAUUUUGUUCUAUGCAUUGGAGAUGACAGGUCAGAUGAGGACAUGUUUGGUGUCAUAAUGAAUGCAAGGGCAUCCCUGUCUCCGGUCGCAGAGGUGUUUCCUUGCACCGUCGGUCAGAAGCCGAGCAAGGCCAAGUAUUACUUGGAAGAUACAAGUGAGAUUCUGAGAAUGUUGCAGGGGCUUGCCAAUGCUUCAGAGCAGUCUGUUACAAGUUCUCCACAGCCUCCUCAUGUAGCAUCCUGAUUUGUAGCACAUAUGUCAUAGGCCCUAGUGUAUUUAUCUAUACUGAGAUAGUGUGGUUCAUAUUUAUUGAUAUCUAUAUAUAUGAUUUGCUGGCUGAAUUGUCUUCAUUUAUUGAGAUCCUAGUCUCUCCAGGUCGAUCCUUGAUAAAUGUCAAGAUUGUAGCAACUUCGAUUAUCUAGGAUGUUUUGCAAGUACAUAACAACUUUUUUAGGAGUACGGUGCAAGUAGAUAAUUGUAUUGUUUGUGAUUGUUUCUUAUGUCAAUUAUUGGUUCCAGCAUGACCAUUCUGGUGUAUAAUGCGAUUCUUGAUCAGGAACCAAUGUUACAUUGUGAGAGUUUAUCAAGUAUACUUUUAGGCAGA